UUUUAGCGCUCCAGAUCCAAAACAAAAUUUAAAUCCAAGACCCACCCAAAAAUAUUUCAAACUUUUUCUCUUUCUCCAACGGCUACAUUUCAAUCACACUCUCUCUUCACUUCUGCCUUCUCUAUCGCUUUCUUGUCCAAAACCCUAACCCUAACUCUCCCGUCCUCUGUACAAUCGUUGCAUAAUGAAGCAUUUUAUGCAACCAAGAAACGCCAUCUUGAAAGAAACGCAUUUGCAUAAUGAACAUUUACACUCCUCACCCAGUACUAACUCUCACAAAUCGAAACCGCCGCCGUCACCACCGCUGCCGUCGUCUACUCGGCGGCAUAACAAAAUGUCUAAAGAAAAUGCUCCUCCGCCGUCGGAUCUUAACUAUAUGAUGACGCCAUUCUCUGAUCAGAAACCCUCGCCGUCUCCUGCUUCCAAAUUGAAGAGUCCGUUGCCGCCUAGACCUCCGAGUUCUAAUACUCUUAAAAGGAAGCUUUGUAUUGACGCUGUGCCGGAAAACGCCGUUCUUGAUUCUGGCGUCAAGGUAAUAGUGCGGAUGCGACCCUUAAACAAGGAUGAAGAAGAAGCCGAAAUGAUGCUUCAGAAAUUGUCUGAUGAUUCGUUGUCGGUUAAUGGACAGACUUUUACAUUUGACUCAGUUACUGAUACACAAUCCACUCAGCUAGACAUUUUCCAUCUUGUAGGAGUCCCGCUUGUGGAGAACUGUCUGGCCGGAUUUAACAGUUCAGUAUUUGCUUAUGGACAGACAGGGAGUGGAAAGACCUACACUAUGUGGGGUCCAGCUAAUGCUCUAUUGGAAGAAAACUUAUCCAGUGAUAGACAAGGUUUAACUCCCCGCGUCUUUCAGAGACUCUUUGCCCGUAUAAAUGAGGAGCAAGUUAAACAUGCUGACAAACAACUCAAGUAUCAAUGCCGCUGCUCAUUCCUCGAGAUUUAUAAUGAACAGAUAACAGAUUUGUUAGAUCCAACCCAACGAAACCUCCAGAUAAGAGAAGAUGUAAAAUCUGGCGUCUAUGUUGAAAACCUGAGGGAGGAAUAUGUAUUUGCAAUGAAAGAUGUGACUCAACUUCUGUUAAAGGGAUUGUCCAAUAGGAGGACUGGUGCAACCAGUAUAAAUGCUGAGAGUUCUCGCUCACAUAGUGUUUUCACUUGUGUUGUUGAAUGUCGACGCAAGAGCUCGGCAGAUGGCAUAAGCAGCUUAAAAACAAGUAGAAUAAAUCUUGUUGAUCUAGCUGGGUCAGAACGACAGAAGUUAACUGGUGCUGCAGGGGAACGCUUGAAGGAAGCAGGGAAUAUAAACCGCUCUCUCUCACAGCUUGGGAACUUGAUAAACAUUCUUGCUGAAAUUUCCCAAACUGGGAAGCAGAGACAUAUCCCUUACAGAGACUCUAGGUUGACAUUUUUGUUACAAGAAUCUCUUGGUGGUAAUGCAAAAUUAGCAAUGGUAUGUGCUGUUUCUCCCGCAAAGAGUUGUAAGAGCGAAACUUUCAGUACAUUACGAUUUGCACAGCGUGCAAAGGCAAUAAAGAACAAGGCAGUUGUUAAUGAAGAGAUGGAGGAGGAUGUGAACCGUUUGCGAGAAGUAAUCCGCCAGCUAAGGGAUGAAUUACAUAGAGUAAAAGCAAAUAGCAACAACCCAACAGGUUGGGAUACUCGUAAAAGUUUGAAUCUACUGAAAAGUCUCAAUUAUCCACAUUCGUGCCUGCAUCAAGUAGAUGAGGAUGGUGAUGAGGAGAUGGAAAUUGAUGAAGAAGCUGUUGAAAAGCUUUGCAUUGAAGUUGGACUGCCUCCAGCUGGCAGUGAAAGAUGGAGGCAAAAGCAAAUUUCUGAUGAUACAGAUGUUGAUAUGGAAGAAGGCAUAUCUGAACAAGUGGAGAAACAUGAAGUUAUGAUCACUGAUAUUGCUGAUUCUGUUAGAAACAACCAAGGUUGUUCUAACAUUGAUGUUGAUAUUAUUCAUCAUGAUUCAGUGGAGGUGAAAGAGAAGGAACUAGUUCUGUUACCCACAGAUACACUUGCUAGAGAUUCCUUUCAGAAGAUAUCCAAGGAAAGAAAUCUUAGGUCCUCAGUCAGUGAAUCUUUAACUGAAGAAUCACCAAGCAAAGUAGCGGAAAUUUGUACUUCAUCUGCACUCUCUGAUUCUCAUGAAGGACUUUCUACAGGAGUUGUAGCAACAGGUGAAGAAGACUAUCCCCAAAUUGAUACAGUGGAUUAUGCAUCACCUUCUAGCCUCAGCAUAGUCUCCUGCAAGGUAUCACCAAUUCUUAAAUCUCCAACUCCAAGUGUUUCACCCAGAAUGAACAGCAGCAGGAAAAGUCUGCGGACUUCUUCAAUGUUAACAGCUUCACAAAAAGAUUCCGAAGACGAAUGUAAACCAAACCUACAGGAUAAACACAUUUCUUUCACAAAAUCCCUGAAAAGCAGCUCUUCUAAUGCUCUGGCUGCUCAAACAAGUAAAAGUGUUCUUGCAGGAACAGAACAUUUAGCAGCUAGCCUCCAUCGAGGCUUGGAAAUUAUUGACAGCCAUCGCAAGAGUUUAGCAUUCAGGCGAUCAGCCUUCAGGUUUUCUUGUAAACCUGCAGAUCUUAAACCAAUUUUGCCAGUUGAAAAAUUUGAUGUGGGUGUGCAAAUAUUUCCUCAAGAUUAUGACACACCAAAAGAAAAUCCAGAGACACUCCUUUGUAAAAAUUGCAAGAGAAAGAGAUUGGAGGACAAUGAUGCUGCUGAUAGCUCAAGCUUGCAGUUGGUACCAAUUGAUGGUUCAGAUUCUGCUGCAAACUUGCAGUUGGUACCAAUUGAUGGCUCAGAUUCUGCUGAUAAAUCCAAAAAACAACUUCCGAAAGCAGUGGAGAAGGUUUUAGCUGGAGCCAUUCGUAGAGAAAUGGCUAUGGAGGAGUUCUGUGGCAAACAAACUUCUGAGUUAAUGCACCUUAAACGUUUGGUACAACAGUAUAAGCACGAGAGGGAGUGCAAUGCUGUAAUAGGGCAGAUGAGGGAUGAUAAAAUCCGUCGACUGGAGAGCCUUAUGGAUGGUGUUUUACCUUCUGAGGAGUUCAUGGAGGAAGAGCUAGCAUCACUUAUGCAUGAACAUGAACUUUUGAAGCAGAAAUAUGAGAAUCACCCUGAUGUCUUGAUGACAAAUGUUGAGCUAAAAAGGGUUCUAGCUGAACUGGAACGUUAUCGAAACUUCUAUGAUUUGGGUGAAAGGGAUGUUCUGAUGGAAGAGAUUCAAGAUUUAAGAAACCAGUUGCAGUAUUAUGUUGACUCUUCAUCCCCAGCGGCUCUGAAAAGAAAGUCAAUAUUGCAGUUAACAUAUCCAUGUGAGCCCAGUAUCCCUCUACCUCUUACUGGAAUUCCAGAGGCAACUGAGGAGAGUGCUGAAAUGAAACUUGAACGGGAGAGAAUUUGCUGGACUGAGGCAGAGAGCAAGUGGAUUUCUCUUGCUGAAGAAUUGAGAACUGAACUUGAUGCUAGCAGGGUGCUAGUUGAAAAAACAAGGCGGGAAUUAGAGAUGGAGGAGAGAUGUGCUGCAGAGUUGAAGGAAGCAAUGCAAAUGGCCAUGGAGGGACAUGCACGGAUGCUUGAACAAUAUGCAGAUCUCGAGGAGAAACAUAUUCAUUUACUUGCUCGCCACAGGAAGAUCCAAGAAGGAAUAGAUGAUGUCAAGAAAGCUGCAUCUAAAGCUGGAGUCAGGGGUGCUGAGUCGAAGUUCAUAAAUGCCCUUGCUGCUGAAAUUUCAGCGAUGAAAGUGGAAAGAGAAAAAGAGAGACGGUAUCUUAGAGAUGAAAAUAAAGCUCUUCAGGCUCAAUUAAGGGAUACUGCUGAGGCUGUGGAAGCGGCCGGAGAAUUACUUGUGAGGCUGAAAGAUGCAGAAGAAGCUGUUUCUGUUGCUCAGAAGCGAGCUAUGGAUGCAGAACUAGAAACUGCAAAGGCAUUUAGACAAAUUGAUAAAUUGAAACGAAAGAACGGAAAUGAGACGGAAGCAUGGAGGGAGGAAGUCGGACCGAUUUAUGAUAAUAAUAAUGUCGAAGAUGGUGCAGCAUGGUUUUCUGGGUAUGACAGGUGCAACAUAUAAAUAAUAGGAUUCAUAGCAAAUGUAUGUAUUACUAACAGAGUUAUGUGUAAUAGAAACCAGUUUGUUCAUUCAUUUCGAUACCAUUUAGUUCUCACCAUUUGUGAGGACCAAUAUGUAUGUUGGUUCUCUGAUAAUUCAUUGUAUUAAUUAUAAUUCUGAUUCUUGCAGUUCAUAAAGUUAAUUGAAUGGUUGAUAUGCUUUUAUUUA